GUGCCCGUGCUCGUGCGUGCCAUCUCAUAAUUCUCUUCCCAAAAGCUACACGACUGACGUCCCUCUCGUAGCUACCUAUUUCGGAAACCACCCCUUGUCGUUGUCGCCGUGUCCUUUUUCUUUGGUUUCAAAAAUUUCCAGUGCCCUCCAGGGGCCGCGGCACUGAGAAUGAGAGAUACUCUCUCUCGAAUAAUCACAUUUUGAUCGGAUCAGAGUCGAUCAGAAUCCUCUAGAAUUUCUUGCGCAGCGCGAAGAAGGCACGGUGUUGAGCGCGGAGCUCCACCGCCAACAAUUACAAGCAGCAGUGAGGACCGGAGAGAAUGGCUGUCCAGAGGCGGCGCCACCACUAUUACCACCGGCUCCGGCGACUUUUACCUUUUAUAUCGGCCGUUUCCGGCGCUCUUCUCAUCCUCUUUGCUCUCCUCUCGUUUCUUGCUCCUUCGCCCGUAGACUCCGAUCAAAUCCGCCACCGCCAUUCUCUUAAGGUUGCCGAGGACGAUGCGGCUGGAGUUUCGGCGUUUCGUGUUCCGAGCGGUGGUGGGAGAUCGGGUCGCGAUCUCUGGAAUUCCAGGAAUUCCAAGUUCUACUAUGGAUGUAGCAAUGCCAGCAACAAGUUUCAAAAAGCUGAAGCUGUAACGCAUCUUAAUCGAUACUUGGCCAUAGCAACCAGUGGAGGCUUGAAUCAACAAAGAACUGGGAUUACAGAUGCUGUUGUUGCUGCCCGUAUAUUAAAUGCUACUCUUGUUGUUCCGAAGCUGGACCAAAAGUCUUUCUGGAAAGAUUCUAGUACCUUUUCAGAGAUCUUUGAUGUUGAUUGGUUUAUAUCCUUUCUGUCAAAAGAUGUUAAAAUUAUAAAGAAUCUCCCAAGGAAGGGAGGGAAAACGUUGACUCCGUACACCAUGCGUGUUCCAAGGAAGUGUAGUGAAAGAUGUUAUCAAAAUCGUGUAUUACCUGUUCUCUUGAAAAGGCAUGCUGUUCAGCUUACCAAGUUUGAUUACAGACUAGCAAACAAGUUGGACACAGAUUUGCAAAAGUUGAGAUGUAGAGUUAACUACCAUGCCUUAAGAUUUACUGAUCCAAUACUUGAUAUGGGUAAAAAAUUGGUCCAUCGAAUGAGAAGGAAAGGCAAGCAUUAUAUUGCAUUGCACCUGAGGUUUGAACCUGAUAUGCUUGCAUUCUCGGGAUGCUAUUAUGGUGGUGGAGAAAAGGAAAGGAAAGACCUGGCUGCAAUACGAAGGAGGUGGAAAACUUUACAUAUUAGCAAUCCUGACAAGGAAAGGAGGCAUGGAAAAUGCCCACUCACACCAGAAGAAGUAGGUCUGAUGCUGAGAGCACUGGGAUAUGGCAGUGAUGUCCAUAUUUAUGUGGCAUCUGGGGAAGUAUAUGGAGGGGAAGAGACAUUAGCACCCCUGAAAGCACUGUUCCCAAAUUUCUAUUCAAAAGAGACUAUAGCCACAAAGGAGGAGUUGGAACCAUUUUCUUCAUUUUCUUCUCGCAUGGCUGCACUUGACUUCAUAGUUUGUGAUGAAAGUGAUGUAUUUGUUACGAACAACAAUGGUAAUAUGGCUAAAAUAUUAGCUGGACGAAGGAGAUAUUUUGGACACAAACCUACCAUUCGCCCAAAUGCCAAAAAACUAUAUCGGUUAUUCUUAAGCAAAAGCAACAUGACUUGGGAAGCAUUUGCCUCUAGAGUUCGUACUUUUCAGAGAGGUUUCAUGGGGGAGCCAAAUGAAGUGAGGCCAGGCAGGGGUGAGUUUCACGAGAACCCAUCUACCUGCAUAUGUGAAGCUUCUGAGGCCAAGGCAAAGAAAGAUUCAGGACCUAGAAAAUUUGGCAAGGGUUCCGAUGCCAAUAAAAAAGAUGUUGUAAUUGAUGAUCAAAAUGUUGAUGAAGAGCCAGAAUGGUCUGAGGACUAUGGCGAAGAUCAGAAUGAGCUCUCCGAGAGAGGUAUCUUCAAUGGAACUGGUUUGGAUUAUGAUGGAGCAAUCUCCGAAGAUCCCGAGUUGGAAGAGAUGCUUUCAGACUAACAAGGCUGUUCGUAACCGAUUCUUUCGUAAAUUUUAAUUGCCUUCCUUGCAUCCUUUUCAACAAUUUGCAUCAAUGUAGGGUCUUCCUGUAUAUAGAAUCAUUGCAAAAGAGAAAAGUGCUAGCCCACCGUUGUGAACAACGCCACAAUGUUGGGUUCCUGACAAUGAGCUGUUAAAUAAAAUUUUACUGUCAGAAACAUCACCCUACACUGAAAGUCGUGGGAUUGAAUGGAUCUCAACUGUUGAAGAUGGAGACAUAUGUGACCUUUUAGUCUAUGCGGUGAAAGCUCAGCAAGGGGGUAUGAGGAAGAUUUCAGAGAUGGGCGAAUUGGUGCCGGAACCAAGACCCAAAUAUUGGAUUGGACUGCUCAUUACUUUUACCAAGAAAUCUUUGGUUAUGCAUCUCUUUUCGCACCAAAAAACAAAUAGUUGGUGUAAUUUUGCGGUUUUUUUUUUUUUUUGGUCUUACAUCUUUUCAGGUCCUGGAAAUUCAUCAUCUCGCAAGGUUGUUGAUUUCUUGUAAUCAACUGAUUUAUGUUAGACAUGUUCGAAGAUAGCAACAAUGAUAGAUGGCGGCUGUAAACUAAUUGGAAAAUUACCUUUCGAGUAUUUUUAGAAGAGAUUAUCAGGGUUUACAGUUCAAUACAUUUGACAAAUGUUGUGAA